AGGGCGGCCUGGCGGGCUGGGACCGUCUGGGCGGGCAUUCCCGCCGCGGCCCCCGCCCGGAGGCCGAACCAAAAGCGAAAGGAGCCGGGCCCCCCCACCCCGCGGCCCCGCAGCCCCGGCGUCGCGUUCGCGGGGAGGUCGCCGCGCGCCUGCAAGUCGGCGGGGCCGUCGCUUUGUGACUUCACUCGUUUCGCAACAAGCCCGGGCAGCCCGCGCCCCACCCACCCCCGGACCGCCGCCUCGCCGUCCGCCGCCUCGCUCCGCUCUCCGCGCUUCCCCUCCCUCCGGGGCCGGGCCUGCCCCGCCGUCGCGGAGCCUCCCACCCGGCCGCCCGUGGCUGUUCGCGCCGUGGCCGCCGCGCCGCGGGUCGGCACGUGCGCGGCCCCCGCCUCCCAGCAGCGCGGAACAGCCCCCCUUUCCGGCCCCGCAGAGCGCAGCGCCCUCCUGGCGGCGGCGCGAUGCUGUGCUUCCUGAGGGGAAUGGCCUUCAUCCCCUUCCUCCUGGUGACCUGGUCGUCCGCCGCCUUCAUCAUCUCCUACGUGGUCGCCGUGCUCUCCGGGCACGUCAACCCCUUCCUCCCCUACAUCAGUGAUACAGGAACAACACCUCCAGAGAGUGGUAUUUUUGGAUUUAUGAUAAACUUCUCUGCAUUUCUUGGUGCAGCCACGAUGUACACAAGAUAUAAAAUAGUAGAGAAGCAAAACCAAACCAGCUAUUUCAGCACUCCUGUUUUUAACUUGGUGUCGUUAGUUCUAGGAUUGGUGGGAUGCAUCGGAAUGGGCAUUGUAGCCAAUUUCCAGGAGUUAGCUGUUCCCGUGGUACACGACGGCGGUGCCCUUUUGGCGUUUGUCUGCGGUGUUGUGUACACACUCCUGCAAUCCAUCAUCUCUUACAAAUCGUGUCCCCAGUGGAACAGCCUUUCCACAUGCCGCAUACGGAUGGCCAUCUCUGCCGUUUCCUCCGCAGCCGUCAUCCCCAUGAUUGCCUGUGCUUCGUUAAUUUCUAUAACCAAGCUGGAGUGGAAUCCAAAAGAAAAGGAUUAUGUAUAUCAUGUAGUGAGUGCGAUCUGUGAAUGGACAGUGGCCUUUGGUUUUAUUUUCUACUUUCUAACAUUCAUCUACGAUUUCCAGAGUGUCACCCUAAGGAUAUCCACAGAAAUCAAUGGUGAUGUUUGAAGAAAGGAGAAUUCAAUCUCACUCAAUGAAAGUGGCAGACAAUUUCUAGAAGUGGUACAGAGGAUAGACAGGGUUUUAACGCCACCCUGCAUGGAAUUCAUCUGCAGCACAUCCAGGACUUGAAUUUCUUUAAGAAUUCCCAAUAGUUGUACUAUUUCCAAAGGUAUGUUUUCCUAGAGAAUGUAGAGCAUUUAUGACAUUGUAGCAAUGUUUUUAUAAUUUUCUAAGUAGACACUUUUUUAUAUUAACAAAUUC